UGGAGCAUCUCGUCCGGCGUGAUCUCAGCCGAAUAUCACAUACGGUUGACUGGCAAUGGCAUUAAAUGCAUCUGAAGAUCCGAAAAUGCACUUGAUAGAGCGCGGACCAGACGGCGUGCAGCUUAGAGCAGUUGAAGGUUCGCUCGUUUGUGAACAUGCCGAGAGCUUCUCUGCUUCACAAACAGUUUUCGCGGAUGACGGACAGCUUCUCGCGUGCUUACAUACGGAUGAAGUGCACAUAUAUGACACAAUAAACAACUCUAUCCUGCAUCGCCUUCCUACUCCUGGCACAAUCGCGGCUUACUUUUCUCCCGCCGGUUCUUAUCUGGUGAUAUACCAGAAAGCAAACACCUCCGGAGCAGGGGAAGAAAAAAAUCUAUCAGUCUGGCAGCUUGACGGCGCCAAGAAGGUCUUUGCUUGUUUCCAGAGAACGUUCAACAACUCCAAUCGGCGGACUCUGCAAUUUUCCGACGACGAAAGCAUCGCGAGUCGUGCCGUGACCAACGAAGUUCACUUCUAUAAUACGAACGACUUUCUGGCCCAACCGUUUCGUUUGCGUGUCCCGCACGUUUCCAGUCACAAGAUUUCCCCAGGAAAGCUUCCUACUUUUGUGGCUUUCGUUCCUGAGAUGAAGGGGCAACCUGCGAGCGUCCGGCUUUACGGCGUGCCGUCCGGUGUCAGCGAUGGAUUUUCCGAGGCAGAACCUUUGGCUCAAAAGUCAUUUUUCCGGGUGAACGAGGUUGAAUAUGAGUGGGCAGCGGACGGAUCGGCUGUUUUGAUCCUAGGGUCAUCAGAGUUGGAUGCGACAAAUCGGAAUUACUAUGGAGAAUCAUCGCUUUUCUUCAUGCGUGCUGAUGGCACACUUGAAUGCAAGGUUCCUCUUGACAAAGAGGGGCCGGUACAUGACGCAGCAUUCUCACCGAAAAUCGAUGAGUUCGUAGUCGUGUACGGGUAUAUGCCUGCGAAUGCAACGAUUUUCUCUUCCUUAAAAUGCGAACCAAUCUAUCAGUUGGGCGCAGGCCCGCACAACACAGUCCGGUGGAAUCCUUUUGGACGCUUCCUUUGCCUUGCUGGCUUUGGAAACCUUCCAGGUGACAUGCAAUUCUUCGACCGGAAAGCCGAUGGAAAGUACAAGGUAAUUGGAAAGGCUAGAGCUAAUUGCUCGGUAAGAUGUCAUUUUGAUGAACAUGACCUCAACAGCUAUACCUUCAGUGACUUUUUGCGAUGCCCUGAGUGGUCCCCAAACGGUCGCUACCUUCUCACCGCCACGACGGCUCCUCGCCUGAACGUUGACAAUGGAUACAAGCUUUGGCGAUAUAGCGGGGAACUCCUCCAGCAUGUCGCGCGAGAGAGAUUGUUUGAGGCUAAAUGGCAACCGGUGUCAAAAAACGAUUAUUUGGAUCGACCCAUUUCACCCGGCAGAGUUAGACGAGAGAAUCGAGAAACUGGAAGCCAUGGCCAUGCAACGUUUCAAAGUGCGGCGCCAUACAGACCGCCACAUGUGACAAGUGGCUCAGGCAAUUUUAGCCUUGCGAAAGCAGCGCCAGAUGAAGCUGGGCCCGGCAGAUAUCGACCAACCGGCGCUUCGAAAGCUCAUCUGUCUCCGAAUUCAAUGAAUCAAGGACCACCGGGAGCUAUUUUCGUUAACCCUGACGCGAGCAAGAAUGCUGCAAAGAACGCCAAAAAGCGGGCCGCGGCGCGAGCCAGAAAGCAAAAUAUGAGCUGAGGACAUGUAUGGCCGGGUGCUACCCAGCACCAAAAGAUCAUGCAUUCUUCAUUUUCCUCAUUUAACGGGCGAUGGACAUAACAUUUAAGGAAACGCACAUAACGCCU